UACUAUGCAAAAUUGUUUGAAGAGGAUCUACCAUGUACAUUUCAUACAUUUUUACCUUCAAAAAAUUUUGUCGAUCUUUGGGACAGUUUGAUGUUCGAAUCGAAUUUAAAAAUCAAAUUACUCAAUUAUAUUCAUGCUGCAAUACGAUUAUCAUGUAAAUCACGAAUCAAUCAAUCGUUUAUCAAUAUAAAUAAAGUAUUACUGUUACAUGGACCACCUGGAACAGGUAAAACAACAUUAUGUAAAGCAUUGUGUCAGAAAGUAUCGAUUAUGAUGGCCGAACAUUAUGAUAAUUUUCAAUUGAUUGAAAUCAAUUCUCAUUCAUUGUUUUCUAAAUGGUUUUCUGAGAGUGGAAAAUUAGUUUUGAAAUUAUUCGAUAGUAUUCGUGAAUUUGCCGAAGAUCCAACCAAUAUGAUUUUCGUUCUUAUUGAUGAAGUUGAAAGUUUGGCUUAUGAUCGUCAACGAAUCAAUAGUGCCGAUCCAACCGAUGCUAUUCGUGUUGUAAACGCUAUACUUACACAAUUAGAUACAAUCAAACAAUAUCCGAAUAUAAUCAUUUUGGCCACAUCGAAUGUUUCAAAAUCAAUGGAUAAUGCUUUUGUUGAUAGAGCUGAUAUUAUACAAUAUAUUGAUCUACCAUCAUCAAAAAUGGUAUAUGAAAUAUUACGUUCCAGUAUACGUGAACUGAUCGUCACACAAGUAAUACGAUUUGAUCCAGAUACAGAAUUUCUACCAUGGCAUCGUAUGAACGUUGUACAAAAUUCUACUUUAAAUUUUGAUCAUAAUAAUAAAUUGAAAGAAAUUUCUUUGAUUUGUUCAUCAAAUUUAUCUGGACGUUCAUUACGAAAAUUACCAUUCUUAACAUUCGCUAUGAAUUAUGAUUAUUAUAUGCAAGCAAAAUUCAUUGAUGAUGAUGAUGAUGAUGAUGGCAAACAACGAUAUGUAUCAAUGGAAAAAUUUCUUGCCGAUUUAUCCGAUAUGAUUUCGAAACAAAUUUUGAAUCAAAAACAUUUUGAAUGA